AGAAGUUGAAGAAUGUUAUGACUAUUGAUUGAUGGUGAUGUCGAUUGUCGAGUCGGAGUGACAAAAACAAAGUGACCACUGACUGACUACUGACAACGAAGUAGGCUCUAAGAAAAGUCAGUCAAGACCUGCUUCAAAAGUUUCUUAAGUUUAUAAUAAGAAACGUAGUGACGAAUCGAAAAAUUUAUUCGUAUGAUUUAACUGUUAUUAUAGAGUAAGUUACAUACUGGUAAACCUGUUGGUCAAGCUAAGAGUGAACUAGGCCUAGGCCUAGGUCUAUUGGAAUUACAACUGGUAAUUAUGAGUGAUUUGUCAUCUGCUAAGAAGUUUAUUUUGACAUCUUUCAAAUUCAAUGGACUUUCAAUUAGGAGCGAUGCAUGUGAAUACUUUGCGUCUCAGUUGGCUCCACUAGAAGAACAAGAGCGAGAUGAAUGGCUUGACAAAGUUGUAGACUACAUUCAGAGACAAUCUCUCAACACCCCUUUUGUCGAGAAAGGACUUAUUGAAUCUGCAAUUUUGGUAUACUUAGAUUGCUGCAAAAGUGAAACAGAAGAAAAUAUCACUAUUUUAAAUGUAAUAUCAGCAUUUGAGAUUCCUCACUUCAUAUAUAAUAUUGACCGCAAGAAAUUUCUUCCUCAGCCAACGAAACAACUAGAUCUGUUUGGUUCCCCAGAUUCAAAAUGUCAUAUGUUCAGAGAGAGAUACACAGUUUUGAAGCAGAGAACAUUGCGUCAUGAGUUGUUCUCUGUCGGUCAGCAAUUCCAACUGCAGCCUGUAGAGUACCUACUGAGUCAUGGAGGCAACAUAAACCGUGUCAUUGUGCUGGGGAUGCUCACCCAACUGAAGGAGAAUCGCUUCUACAUAGAAGACCCCUCAGGCUGUGUCCCACUAGACCUCUCACAGACAAACUACCACACAGGUUUCUUUACUGAAAGUUCCUUUGUCUUGGUGGAAGGAAACUACAAAGACAAAAUUCUACAUGUUCAAGCACUUGGCUUUCCACCACCAGAAAAUGCUGAAAUUAGCAGGAUAUAUUUUGGCUGUAAUAACAUAUUUGGGGGGUUGGAUGAACUAAACGUCAAAAGCUCAGAAAAACUGAAGAAAAUUGAGGAGAGCAAUUCAGAAGCUAUGAUAAUUUUUAUUUCAGACAUUUGGUUGGAUCAACACAAGGUUGUUGAAAAGUUAAAAGUCUUAUUUGGGGGAUACGAUGACUUCCCACCCACCGCCAUGGUCCUGAUGGGAAACUUUCUGUCCAGCAAGGAGGGUAGCCAACUUUCGUCUAUGCUCAAGGCCAAGAUGAAGCAGUUGGCAGACUUGUUGGCUCAGUAUCGCAACCUCAUCACCAAUACCAAGAUCAUCAUAGUACCAGGACCUGCUGAUUGUCUGGCAGCUAAUAUAUUGCCUAGGCCAGCUUUUAUUUCAUAUAUAACUGAAGACCUAAAGAAACAAAUACCAAACAUAGAAUUUGCCACAAAUCCAUGCCGUAUCCAAUAUUGCACCCAAGAGAUUGUGGUGAUAAGAGAAGAUAUUGUCACCAAGUUGUGUCGGAACUGUGUGCAUUUUCCAACAACCGAUGAUAUACCUGACCAUUUUGCCAAGACAGUGGUGGCUCAGGCCCACCUUGCUCCACUGCCACCUUGUGUUUGUCCUGUCUACUGGGACCAUGAUCACGCUUUACGACUCUAUCCUCUACCAGACCUUGUUGUAGUGGCUGAUCAGAUGAAAGCGUUCACUACAAGUCAUAUGAACUGCUCGAUUAUCAACCCGGGUUCAUUUUCAAAAGGAGAAUUUGGUUUCAAAGUCUAUUAUCCGUCAAGUAAGACAGUCGAAGAUAGCCAAAUACCAGAAGAUAAUGAUUGAUACAAUGUAAAUCAAGCACUUUUUAUUGUAGUUGUAAAUAAAAUAUUGCUAUUUCUUAA